CUCCUGGUUAUUCAGAUCAAUCAAUAUAUUCUCCAGAACCUUUGAUUAUCAUGACAAAUGAACUACUCAAUUGGGAUUCAUUAUUAUCUAGCAUUAUUUUAUCUAUUCAACAACUACACAAUGCUGCUAAAGAGAAUGCUAAACAUGAUUUCAUCGUCUGUACUAAUUCUAUUGUUGAAAGGAUUCGGAUUAUGCUUUAUGCCUCCGGUACAAUUGAUAAAGAAUCAUAUACUAUCCGAGAAAAUAAAAAUUUAAAACUUUUUCAUAGACGUAUAAUGGCAUCAUUAUCAAAACUGGUACUAAGCACAAAAAUAGCUGCUGGUGUAUGGCCCCCUCCUGAUUCAAAUCAAAAAUUGAGGAAUGAUGUGGAUGAAGUUCUUGAAGCUGUCCAACAAUUUGUUCAAAUUUCAAAAAAUAUUGUGGAAAUCAGACGUGUUGAUCCUAGAAUUUUACAGAGUUCUUAUGGUGGUUCAUGGCGUGGUAAUAAUUUAAGGCCAAUGUUAACAAACAAUCGACAUCGUAGAAAUCCCUCUUUGCUAUUAAAGUAUAAAAGUGGUAGUGAUUCAAAUGGUUUUGCAGCUCCGUCGCAACAUCUAACUGAUGGUUUGGUUAUUUCUAUUGAUCAAAAUUCGAAAUUUAUUUUCAAAACAAUUAAUUCAUUAAUGAGUGACAUCAACAGUAUACGAGAUGCUUCAUUGAAUAAUAAUGCAUCAUCAAAAAAUAUUAAUGAUAUGGCUCAAUUAUUUAAUCAAGUACAUCAAAUUAUAAAACAAAGUGGUCAAUUUUUAUCCAUGCUAGAAGACAUCGAUUUAAAAGAUUUAGAUGAGUAUAGUCAAUCUUUUAUAAAUGAAUUUGAAGUCGCAAAGCAAUUUAUAUAUAAUAGCAUUGCAAGUUUAAUAAUUGUUAUACAGGCUUCGAUUGAUCCUUUGAAUCAACGUGAUGUUUUAGAAGAACUUAUAAAUUCAGCAAAUAUUGUUGAAAAAUCAGUAAAAGAUGUUAUAAUAGCACUAAAGUUCCUAUUGGAAGAAAAGGAAUCAAGAUCAUUAAUUGGACCAUUUAAGAGCAUUGGUAAAUAUGAAUAUGAAAUAAUUCAUCAACCAAAUGGAAAUUGCGCAAACAAUAUCAAUUAUAAACCAAUUAUUAUUGCAUCAAGCACAUUUACCCUAUUUCCUAAUUUAUCAUUACCAUCGUCACCAACAUCAUCAUCACUUUCCAACAUGUCAUUACCUUCCAUGUCAUCGUCAUCACUAUCAUCAAUAUAUCCUAUAAAAAUAUUGGGAUUUUCUGAUAAUCAAUAUAAUUUAAAAACAUUUAAUAAAAUUGUUAAAUCAGCAUCAAUACUGCACAAUCAACCUAACUUUAUAUUACAUGUUGGUGAUCCUGUACAGAAAUUUGAUAGUUUACAGCAAUGGCAAACUGAUUUUUUUGAUCCAUUAAUCAAUUAUAAAUUAAUCCAAAAAUCACCAAUGAUUUUUGCUCAUGGUAACCAUGAUUUUAAUCCAUUGUUAAAUUACCAUUACACAACAAAUAAAUUAUGGUAUUCAUUCACUAUAGCAAAUACACGUUGGAUAGUAUUGGAUAGUAAUAUUGAUGAUGAGUUACAAGAUAAAUGGUUGAUAAAAGAGUUGUCAUCAAUCGAAUCAAAAUUGGCCAAGUUUCGUAUUGUGGUGGUACAUAUACCACCAUUUGUUGAAUUUUGGGAUCCAAAAUCCUGGAAUGAGAAAUCAGAAAAAUAUUGGGGUGAUUUUGUUAGGAAGAGGUAUGUACCUCUAUUUCAAAGAUAUGAAGUUGAUUUGGUGAUAAGUGGACAUCAACAUAAUUACCAACGUGGUCAAUUCGAUGGUACUGUUUACACCAUAAUUGGUGGUGCAGGUGGCGAAUUAGAUUAUGAGAGAGUUGAAGAUUGGAAAAUUUAUUCAAUUGUUAAAAAAAUUCAUCAUUACGUGUUGAUUGAAAUUUGGUCUGAUAAAUUGAUUUGGGUAGUUUAUGAUAUUAAUAAUAAAGUUAUUGAUAAAUUUGAGUUAGGAAAGAGAGCCAUUUUUACUUAA